GAAAAAUCCCAAUAUAUGAACCUACUCCACAGCAAGUUACUCUGUACUUGGAGAGUUGGUCUACUUGGAAGAGCGGGUUGCUAAACCUCUCCGUAACGACCUCUGAUAAUGGAAGUGAAGACAUCUAAAACAAGAGUGUACAUCAGUCUUCCAAAGAAAUAUGUUGCUGCUUUUGCUAAACAUUAUGAACUGGACCAUUGGUUGGUUAUAAAAGAGCUGAACCCCUAUGUAAAUGAAAGAUAUGUACGAGCUUACUUUCGAGAAUGGGGCACUGUCACAGCAUGUAAGAUUAAGAUGCGCCCCAACUUGGAGGGAAAGAAGGCAGUGGCGUAUGUGAGGUUUUCUACAGAGGAUGAAGCGGACAGAGCAGAAUGGGCUGGUCCUCACUACAUUGGAGGCGAUGUGGAAGUAAAACAAGUUGUUAGUCCAAAGAUGGAGGAUUCAGAUGAGGAGGCCACCGCAGCCGUUGCUAUGCCUCAACCACGCCGUUCAAUGGGCUUGGGCUACUUACUGGAAGAUGCUCAGUGGUUAUGAUGAGUUGGAUGGAUAAACGAAUACCGUGCAACUUUGUCUUUAAGUUUAAAAUCAUAAAUGUAUGUUUGAAUUAAUUUAGAGAUUGUAAACUAACGUGGCUAAGAAAAGUCGACGUGGCUGCAGUGAAAUAUUCUGUAACCACAAA